GUAAUUGAGCUAACCGACUUGGAAGAUGACAUGGUCAACCCCAUCGAUCUGUGCAACAAAUUGAACAGGCUGGUACUGCCUGAGUUCGGUGCGCAAGGGAUGCUGGUCGUAUUUUUCUUGUUCAGUAUGUCUUGGAUCCCUCUUGUCAUCAACAUCCCGGUGGCCGCUUACCAUGGUUACCUGUAUUCUAAUGGCAGCUGGCAGUACGACCCGACCACCAUCUUCCGAGACCUGAGAGAUAAGCGCUUCGCCUGUCUAUUGAAGACCGUCUUUUACCUGUGUUGUUUCUUCUAUUAUUUGGUCAUGAUGAUAGUCACGGCUACCAAGAAGGACGAGUAAGUCCGCUAUUAUCCUUGCAGUCCGAAUUUUGUACCCGAGUAAGACGAAUCCAGACAGCGGAGCAUAAGGACACCUGGUACAAUUCCACGCUGGCAAAUUCGUGCCCUUUGUUGGGUGACUGCACACGUCGAUUGGCCAUAGUUCAGAAAGUCCAUUCGAACGCCUGUUUGUAUCUUGCUGGUCAUCCAUAAGCAUGGGGUACGCCUCUCGGUGUGGACUAGUGUAGGCAGCUAUGGUUGCCGGCUGGGGGGUUAUCGUAGCUAAAUGUUGGGUUGUAUGUCUUUGGCUUAUGGUAUGCGGUAUAGAGGUUGGUUUACUGGAUAGUCUUCACAUUUGACGAUCGGUGCUACAUGAUCGGAGUCGUCGCGCACCGCCAGCCCCGCGUUGAUGGCCAGGUAUACUUGCUUGUGCACACUGUGCGUGUACACGGUCAUGUGUGCGCAUGUACACGGCCAUGUGUACACUUGUACUAGGGUUCAUGUGGGUGUGUACGCUGAGUACUAUUCAGGGAAGGCCGGCAUGCAUUCACUUUUUAAUGAAUGGCGCAGAGAUGCCACACCAAGCAUCAAAAAGAGCGCGCGGAACAAUAAAUUUAUACCAUGAUGUGUA